CGGAAGUUGUUUCCACGUGCCCUCCAUGGCAUAAAAACAGUUUGGAUGACACCGGUUGGAUAACAUUGCUGGAGCCAUGACAGAGAAAAAGGAGUCAUUGUUACAGAACCUAGAUCAUUUCAUUGAACUCCUUGCUGUAUCUCGAAGUGUUUAUGUCAAAAAUUGGGACAUUUUGAGUGUGAAACAGGGCUUAAAGUGGGGGACGUAUUUCAAACACAUCCAUAAGAAAUUCAAUGCCAAUGACGCUAUCAAAACUAUCUUAGAGGAUUUUCUUCAAUUAAAGAAUGUUGAGCUUGCUGCUUGCACAAAGAACUAUCAACACAUACAGUUCGAUAACCUUGGGCAAAGUGUGGACAUGCUCUGCACAAAUCUUCUGCUGAACAGGGCACUUCCUAAAUCAGUCUUCAAGUUUCUGAUUUCACAGUUAAGUGAUGAUACUAGCAAGACUACUAAACUUUGCGGUGUGAACAAUAUUGUAUCUCAAAAGGCUGCUUUGCAACUUUUGCUACCUUUUCCACAAACCAGUUCCGACGGACUGCAAGACCCGUUAGAAGAUCCUCUUGUAUUAACUCAAGCAGAAAUGCUCAAAAGUUAUUUAGAAGACAAAUUCAAGACUGUAGGAAAAAUACAGCAGUCUGCCUGUGUGUCAGAUGUCCUGAGUGGGAUAUCACAGCCACAUGUUUACUAUUUAUUAGCAUCUGUACUAAUCUCCAAUAUUGACACAGUCGGUCUAAUGGGUCUGAAACCAUUGUCCCAACUGCUUCUAGAAUGGUUGCUAGCUAAUAGUAACAUUUGGCCAGAUUUCUGCAGUAAUCUAAGAUGUCAGAGCUUAACAAGAUUAAGUUGCAAAUACCCAAUGCUGAGAAAACCCUACCUUGACUUCUUAACUACUUUGGGGAGAUCCAUGGAACAAGAUUUUGUGUCAGGAAAUUGGGUUAGUACCUCAAUGACAAUGAACUUCAAUGUGUUCCUAGAACAUUUUGAAUGUCUGAUGGAAGGUGGUGAGGACCUUAAAGCAGCCACAGAAACAAUGCUUAAAACAUUGAAAAUGGAAGGCGGAGAUUUUGAUGUACCUGGAGUCAAUAUAUGGACCGAUUUAUUGCUGGAAAUAAAUAAAACAUAGGCCAUCAUUCAUAGCAUUUUUGUGAUGUGAAACCUUCAUGAUGUGCUUUUUGGUUUGUGUAUAGAAUCAGUUAUUGAUUUAUCACAUAACUAUUGUAUUUUUACAGUUAAAUAUUAUUUAUGCAAGCGUGUAAGACAUUUUAGAAUCUCCGUCACAUCCAUCGAAGUUUGAAGGGUUUUCAGUGAGAGGUAGAACAUGAUAUGUACACAUUACUUCUACACUUUGUAAUAACGCUAAAGCACUUUGUCAUUUUCUUUCAGUAAAUGCAGUUCUUAGAAACAACAGUAAGAAUUACUUAGAUUUCUCUGAAUAGAAAUAUCUUUGAUUAUGUAAGUCAAGUCCAAAGCCGAGUCGGCUUCAUCAUAUAGUACUGUUUUAAAUGAUCUAACUAGCUCAGUUUCCUACACCUUUAUCAAGCCAUAAUAUUUUCUUUUGCGCCAGAGCCCUUGUUUUUGGCAAGGAUAUAAUAAGUGAACCUUUUGUUUUUCGACACAUACAUUUUUUCUUUUCAUGUGUAGCACUUGAUGAGCCCAUGCUUUUGUUCUGUAAGGUAUUGUAAAAUAAAGAUAGACUGCCAUCUAGACCCUAAUGCACGUCUUUGAUGAACAUUUUUUAUGGUUUUCUUGGGUGUAAAGUAGUUUGUCUGCAUUUCUGUUUUAUUUGUUAACAGAAUAAAUAAGGAUACGUGUUUCUGCUUUCAUCUCUGUAUUUCAGUCUAUAUGAGUAAGGGGUGCAGUUUGAAAUGAGAGGUAGUAAAGGCUAUUUGGGUCUUUGAUGUUUCUAAUUGGUCCAGUCUGCUGUAUGAAUUGAAUUCCAGCUUAACAGAUUACUUAAUGUUUGCUAGAGAUCCGAGAAUUCGGAGGGUGUUUUCUGUCCUGUGCGAUAUGUCAAGUUGGAACCACAUUCUUUCUCUCAAUUCUCCAUCUGAGAGAAUAACAUGCAGGUAUUACCAUUUGCCGUAUUGUUCUAGGUGUGGCCUCAUUCUAGCUUAUUAUUUAGUUAAGAUACCUUAAUAGCAAUAAAAUGUAUUUGAACGCUAUACACUUUGUAUCUAUAUAUGAAUAGUAUUUCCGUUUUAUACCAGUAUACCAGUUUAUUAUCUGGUAAGAAAUGCUACGAGCUGUUGUAAUCUGCAUUAAAAUUACAAAACAUAACUAUGCAACGAUAACUGUAACAAUUAUAGCAAUAAACACUUUCCGUUAUAUACA